CGAAAAAUGAUUAGUUACAGCGCUAAACUGUACCAGACUGUAAGGUUGUCGGGUCUAUGCCUGUACAGGAGUGCUUGUUAUGGAGGAAGGGGAGUUUAUUAUGCAACAAGCAGCAGUUCAGCUAAGAUAUCUAGAAUGGCUGCUUUACAUCACCUGAGGCAGUACCACCCCUUGGGCAUUGCUGUCUCUAAGCUUCACACGAGCAGCCAUGCCUCUGCCAAACAGCAUUACAAAAUGCUUGUGCUCGGAGGAGGAAGUGGAGGUAUUACAAUGAGUGCACGAAUGAAGAGGUUAAUGGGAGCUGAGAAUGUGGCUGUUGUGGAGCCCAGUGAGGUGCACUACUAUCAGCCACUAUGGACCUUGGUUGGCGCUGGUGCAAAGUCUGUAGCCUUGUCAAGCCGUCCCACUGCAAGUGUUAUACCAUCUGGAGUGAAGUGGGUGAAAUCUAAAGUUCAGGAAGUAAACCCAGACAAGAAUACUGUCUACACAGAUGAUGGGUCUCAAAUCUCCUAUGAGUAUCUGAUUGUGGCUCUUGGUUUACAACUCCAUUAUGAGAAGAUUAAAGGACUGCCAGAAGGGUUUGAGCAUCCAAAGAUUGGGUCAAACUAUUCAUUCGAAACUGUGGAGAAAACAUGGAAAGCGCUGCAGAACUUCAAGGAGGGCAACGCUGUGUUCACUUUCCCAAACACUCCUGUGAAAUGUGCUGGAGCGCCACAAAAGAUAAUGUACCUAUCAGAUGCCUUUCUCAGAAAGACAGGGAGAAGGGCACAGGCCAAGGUCAUAUACAACACAUCGCUACCUGUGCUCUUUGGGAUCAAGAAAUAUGCUGACUCACUGUGGGACAUUGUUAAACGCCGUGACUUACAAGUGAAUCUGAGGCAAAACCUGAUUGAAGUUCGGGCAGACAAGAAGGAAGCUGUGUUUGAAAAUCUUGACAAACCAGGUGAAACCAAAGUGAUUGAGUAUGAAAUGCUUCAUGUCACACCACCAAUGGGGCCCACUUUGGUGAUUAAAGGCAGUGCACUGGCGGAUGAGGCUGGUUGGUUGGAUGUCGACAAAGAGACCCUCCAACAUAAGAGGUAUCCAAAUGUUUUUGGGAUUGGAGACUGUACCAAUCUGCCCACAGCCAAAACNNUUCUCAUUUUAGCUGCACAGUCUGCCGUCUUGCACAGAACCAUCAGCAAAAUCCUAAAAAAUGAGAAGCCAGAUAAGAAGUACGAUGGCUACACCUCAUGUCCACUGGUUACAAGCUACAGCACUGUGAUUCUAGCAGAAUUUGACUACAAUGGAGAACCACUGGAAACGUUCCCUAUCAACCAAGCCAAAGAAAGCAGAAUAAUGUACCACAUGAAAGCUGAUGUAAUGCCCCAACUCUACUGGCAUGGGCUUCUCAGGGGCCUGUGGGGUGGGCCAGGACCAUACAGGAAACUAUUUCAUCUUGGGAUGAAGUGAAACCUCGAUAUCAGCUUGAAUGCUAAGAGUCAGUUUUAAACUUACAACACAGAAUUAUCUCUCAUAUGUGUGCCUAUAAGUCUGUGUUUUGGUUGUUUUGGUGGAGCAUUGAAUGUAACACCCUGGCGCCCAUUAUGCAACCAUCAAUGAAAUUUUUAUUGGAGCAGAGAUUGUUUUGUAUAAUAUCCUUAUUCAAUAAUUUACUACCCUAGGUGUACCAGUGUACUUUCAGAGACCAGUAGGUUUCACUAAAGCCUUAUGCCAAGUUGAAGUUAUCCAAGCCCUUGUGAAAUUUACUGCUCUCUAGAGCAGUGAUUCCCUGUGGCACCUGAACGACUGAGUCUCCACCUGGUGGUACUCCAGGGCCUUGCUAAAAGGCCUAACAACUGCACUGUAACUGGUCCAAGUCCUUAACUUAAAACCAAAGGAAAAAAAGCCAUUUAAUUUUAUUACAGAUAGCAUUUAGGCUUUUACAUAUACAGCACUGUGCAAAGGUCUUAGGCCACCAUUAGGUUUUGGUGUUUUAUUAAGGCUGUAAUGGUAGUUUAUUUCUCAGUCUUUAAUUAAGAUAUAACCAGAUAAUACAGGAAAUAUGUACACAAUAUUAAAAACACAAAAUUGUCAGAACAAAAUGGCUUCUACAGACCAAAGUCAGUAUUUAGUGUUAUUUUGUGUACAUAUUUCCUAUAUUUUCUAGUUGUAUUCUGAUAAAGAAACUGUCAUGUAAAUAUUACUUGGUAAUCAUUUGAAUAUUUUAGAAAUAAAAUAUGCAUGUGUGUACCCACAUGGGGUGAUGUGAUGUUACGACUGAGAUGUAUGCCUACUCAGUUCAUUCAGUGCUGUGUUGUGUGUAGCGGGUGCGUGUCGAUGCUGCACUGUCCAUAUUACUGAAGCAGAGCAGAGGAGAUCGAUAAACAGACUGAUAUAGGGACAGAUUAUGUCACUUUGUUUGGUUUCUUAGCCUGCUUGCUUUUCAUGGUUGUAUAUAGAACUCUCGGGGCUAUUCCUAUUCUCCCAUGGUAGCAGUUCACAGACAGAAGGUAAAUGACAGCGACAGUCAGAGCCAGCUGCAAGUGCAACAGCUGUUUUACCGGAGUGAUUUUUGUUUGUGCUUUGAUUAAUACUUUUUUUUUAAAUUAGCCUCAUGUUGGCUUUUUUUAUUUUUAUUUUUUUUGGUAUCUGCAAUGGGAAGUGGUAUAAUUUGGUACAUAGUGCUACAUGGUCUGAAAUAACAGUUGUGUGUGCUACCAAACAUUUAGUAAGAACUGCUGUCUUGGGGAAAGCUUGACCAUUAACAUGCAAACUACCACAAGUGCUUUUUUCCUUACUUUUAAACAUCAGUGUCAGAAAUAGUGCUUUGUACAUUGUGAUUAUUUUUUCUGUUAGUGCUAAACUCAAACAAGUUGUUGAUUAAACUGUCAGUUUUAUUACUCAUGAAUCUUUGUGUACACUUCUUGAAGUAAAAACAUGUUUAUGAAGAAUCAUAAAUGCAUACUCCAUUUCAAUUUUCAUGAACUUAAAAGU